AUGUUGGUGGUGGUGCUGUACUCUCAGGGUGGUUACAGCAGCAGUGGCAACGGUUAUGAUUUCAGAAUCACCAUCAGUAACGUCCAGACAGAGGACACAGGAGUUUACUACUCCUGGUACUACCAACAACCAGGAACAGUCCCCAAAGCCUUGACUGGCACAGGGACCACUCUCCUGGCAGGAAGUCCCUCUCGGUUCAGCGCCGGCGGAUCUGGGAGUGACUUCACCAUGACUGUCACAGCAGUCCAGGCUGAGGACGCAGGGAUUUCCUACUGUCAGAGUGAUAUCUGUGCUCUAUCACUGUGGAUCACUUUUGGUGGCGGCACUGAGGUCAUCGUCUCAUCGGGGGUCUCAGUCAAACCCACCCUCUCCCUGCUCCCCCCCUCUUCUGAGGAGUUGUCCAAGGGCUCGGCCACGCUGUCCUGUCUGCUGAGCAGCUACUCCCCAAAAGGAGCGCUGGUGACUUGGCAGAAGGAUGGGAGGGAGGUGACGGCGGGCAUCCUGACGGGACAAGAGGUGUGGAGCAGCACUGGGUACAGCCGCAGCAGCAUCCUGACCCUCAGCAAAGCCAGCUGGGAUGAAGGAGACCUCUACACCUGCUUGGUGGCCCAUGAUGGCCGCAGGCAGUCCACCGAGCUCAGGAGGACACAGUGCAGCGGCUAGAGAAACGCCCCCUACUGGCUGGAAGCAACCUUCCCUCAAAUGCAUGGGUUUAUAAAAAGAGAUGAAUAAAAAUGAGGCAGGGAUGUGAACACAAAAGCCCCCUUGCAGUUUCUAACAUGUGUGUGCUUAGGUGUGUUGUAGUUAAGUGUGUAGGGGUGAGUUUGGGGAGAGGGGCACUUUGGUUAAGUUCAUCUGUUGCUUCUACUGUUGGUUUCUGUUGCUGAAUGUAUUCCUGCUUGUCUGCUGCUCAGAAGUUAAUAAAGUUUUUGUC